UAAGCAAAGGAGAAAAGCAACGGUGGAAGCUUCGCAAUUUGGUUCCUUCCUGUAUUUAGAGAGAGAAAAUAUACGAAGGUUAUAUACGUACGCCUAUACCUACACAAGUAUAUAUAUAUAUAUAUAUAUAUUACGUGUAAAGUUGUGCCAACAUUAUAGGAUCGUAAUUGGAUCUUUCGUUUUCAUUCGAUCUCUGUUGCGAGAUUUUUUUCUGGAGAAAUUUCGGUUCAGAAACUUCGUAUUUUUCCUGGAUUCUGUUUGAAUAUAUGCUUAUUGGGAGCUUAAGUAUGAUUUGAGAGCUGGAGAAAGCAAUGCAGUAGGCUUCGGCGAUUGCGAUCCUGCUGCUACUGGUUCUGGUGUUGAUUACAACUUUCCCGUUGAUGGUUUCAUUUGCAAAUGGGUUACCUUUAGCUUUGGGGAUUGUAUCUUUUUCCUGAAUCUGGCUAAAAUGUCAGGUCAAGAAGGGAUGGAGGUAUAUGAUGAAACAAGGGAGAGGAAAUCAGAUUAUGAGAACUCUGAAGAUGAAAGAAGAAGAUCAAAAAUUGGGGCCUUAAGGAAAAAGGCGAUAAAUGCUUCAAACAAGUUCACUCAUUCUUUGAAGAAAAGAGGGAAAAGGAAAGUUGAUUUUAGAGUGCCUUCUAUUUCCAUUGAGGAUGUGCGGGAUGCUAGAGAGGAGAGUGCUGUAUGUGACCUGCGUCUAAAACUGCUCGAGAGGAGAUUGCUGCCACUUAAACAUGAUGAUUACCAUACAUUGUUGAGAUUUUUGAAAGCAAGAGAGUUCAACAUUGACAAGACCAUUCAGAUGUGGGAAGAAAUGCUUAAUUGGAGGAGGGAGUAUGGAGCAGACACCAUCUUAGAGAACUUUGAAUUUGAGGAACUGGAAGAGGUGUUGCAAUAUUAUCCCCAAGGGUAUCAUGGAGUUGAUAGAGAAGGUAGGCCUGUUUACAUCGAAAGGCUUGGAAAAGCUCAUCCAGGUAAACUAAUGGGCAUCACCACCAUCGAGCGGUACUUAAAAUAUCAUGUUCAGGAGUUUGAGAAGGCUCUACAUGAGAAGUUUCCAGCCUGUUCCAUUGCUGCAAAGAGACGGAUCUGUUCAACCACCACAAUUUUAGAUGUGCAAGGCCUGGGGAUUAAAAAUUUCACAAAGACUGCUGCUAGUCUAUUGGCUUCGAUGACAAAGAUUGAUAAUAGUUACUACCCAGAGACACUGCACCGCAUGUACAUUGUUAAUGCUGGACCUGGAUUCAAGAAGGUGCUUUGGCCUGCUGCACAAAAAUUUUUGGAUGCAAAAACUACUGCUAAAAUCCAUGUUUUGGACCCCAGGUCGUUGGGGAAACUACUUGAAGCUAUUGAUCCAUGUCAAUUGCCUGACUUUUUGGGUGGAUCAUGCACUUGUAAUAUUGAGGGAGGUUGCCUGAGGUCUGAUAAGGGUCCAUGGGGUGAUCCUGAAAUAAUGAAGGUUGUGUAUAAUGCAGAAGCAGCUCUUGUGUGGCAGAUUGCUAAAACAGCUGGUGAUUCACAUAUUCAAGUCAGGCCAUUGAAGGGGAGAUGCAGUGAUGGAUCUGCAGUUGAAUCAGGGUCAGAUGUUGAUGAUCCUUGCUUUUCAAUGAGACAGAAUAGCUCAAUAAUUUCAAGACUAGCCCCUGUUGAUGAAGCCAGAACAGCAGAUCCGUGCAUCUAUUAUAGUUGUGAAGAAUAUUUUAGUCCAACUGAUAAUGAUGUGGGUGAAGAGCAAGCAGGAAAAGAUGAAUCUUUAUAUAUAUACAAUGUAAGAGAUCCAGAUCGUGAUGCAAGACCACAUACUGAAGGUACUCUCGUUAUGUACUGGUUGGAUGCCAUCCAGGAGAAACUUGUGAAGAGAAGCUUCCAGUAUAUGUCAAAAACAUUAUUAUCUAUCCCAAUCAAGCUUUUUGCUUUCAUCCGAAAUGUACCUGUUGAAUACUGGAGGAGUCAGUCCAACAUUUAUCCUCCCAAUGGUUUAGAAAAUGAACCUGAACCAAACACCCAUUCGUCAAUACAUGUAAAAGCUGUUGCAGAAGAGGACAGGAUACUUCCGUGUGUACAGCGACUCCAGAGACUGGAAAGUUUGUUGGAACAACUCAACAGCAAACCUGCUGAAAUUCCAAUUGAGAAGGAUCAAAUUCUUCAGCAAUCUCUGGACAGGAUCAAGUGCGUGGAGUUUGACCUUGAGAACACAAAGAGGGUAUUAGACACUGCAGUGCUGAAGCAGCUUCAGAUUGCUGACUUACUGGAAAAUAUGCGGGAAGCAAAGUUUCAGAGACGAAGGUGCUUUUGCUAAGUUUGGAUUAUUAGAAACAUAGAACACCCGCACAAACUCCGCGACAGGUCAAUGCAUGAUUGGCAGAUGGUUGCUGGGGGUGCAUGACAAUGACAGAAAUGCAUUACUACAGACACGUCACUUCUCACAACCCCCUUUACAUCUUACUUGAUUGGACAAACCUACAAAUGCAGCUCUAUGGGAUGAUUCUCAUGCAGCUUUGAGAUUUUGUAUUAGAGGAACAGCGCCACA